GGCCCGGACAAGGAGGGCGCGCGCGCGCUGGGGGCUGGAGACGGAGAGUGACAGAGACAGGGAGAGACACAGAGACAGGGAGCGGGGCCGCUCACAGUUGAACGUGCCUGCUCUCCAGUCGGCCAACUCCAUCUGACACACGUGCAGCCAUGUCCCAGGUGACGGGUUUCCGAGUGGGCGCCGAGUUCUCGAGCUACAGCGAGCUGCACCGGGAGUUCCGCCGCUACCAGAGGGACAACUCCGUGCAGAUGUGGACCAGGCACUCGCGGACCAUCGAGGCGCAGCGGCGACGGGCACCCAAGCGCCCGAUGAACAUUGCGCUGAAGUUUGCCGAGAUCGACUACGCAUGCGUUCACGGCGGCAAGUUAUUCAAGACUAAAGGAUUCGGCAAACGGCCAAUCCAGAGAACCAACAAGAUGAAGUGUCCCUGUAUCAUUAAAGUCCGUCUUUCUGCAGAUGGAGACAAGUUUGUGGUGAAAGAGAUGAAUGAAUCGCAUAACCACACAGUGCCGCAGGAAGAGGAGGAGAGGCUCCAGAACCAAAGGCUCUGUGUUAAAGCGCUGCGCGUGGACACCACUUCCAUCGUCUCGCUGCGGAGUAAUGGAGCGGGUGUCAAGGUGCAGCUGGGGGAGGUUGCCGGCAAGGUGCUCGCUGACGAGGAUGCCCAUAGCUCCGCACGCAAGGAGAAAUGUGGCCAGUUCAAGGUCAACAAAACCGACUUGGAGAAAAUGGUGCCAACACUGGCGGCCGUCAAGGACGGCACGGUGGUGAUGGUGGUGAACAAGGCCAACGUGUUGCAGGCCAUCUACUACCAGGACGGCCGCAUGAAGCAGACCUUCGAGAGGUUCCCCGAGGUGCUGCUGGUGGGCGCCACCUACAGCUGGGCGGGCCUGCAGCUGCCCACCUACCUGCUACUGGCCAUCAACGGCAACGGGGAGAGCGAGCUGGCGAGCCUGUGGUUCCUGCAGAGCGAGGAGCGCGAGACCGUCCGGCAGCUUCUCCGCAUCUUCAGGCAGAAGAACCCGGCGGCGGAGGGAACGCGGGCGGUGGUAGUCGGCAGCAUGGUGUGCGACGGGGAGCUGGUGUCCGAUGUGCUGCCCCACUGCAAACCGCUGGCCUGCCUCGCCCACACCCUGAGCGUCUUCCAGGACGAUGUGACCGCCGAGAAGCUGCACCUGACCGCCGGGCAACAGAGCCAGCUGCUGCAGAUCCUACACAGUAUGUGUUACGCGACGUCGACUGAGGACUACGACCUGCUGUACCGCCAGCUGCUGGACACCAACGCGGAGAGCGCCGUCGACUACUUCCACAAGACGUGGCACGGGUCGCGCCGCCAGUGGGUGGAGGGCUUCAAGCACGAGAACGAGAGCUACCUCACCAGCUCCCUGCAGCGGGUGCAGGCGCUGAGCCAGAGGCUGGCGGCCACGGUCGAGGACUUCUCCAACGUGACCUCCUUCACCCGGGACCUCCUGAAGGCCGUGGACACGGUGCGGGCAGAGUGCGACCAGCGGGUGUUGCAGAGAGCGCCUCCUGCAGGGCCGGAGGACAACUCCGUCGAGUCUUUCUACCGGGAGCUGCUCACCGACUUUGCCUUCCACCGGGUGCAGAGGGAGCUGGAGGAAGCAGAGUGGGUCUCCUUCCUCAGUGUGGAGGCCGAGAGGGCCUGGCCCGUGUGUCGGCGCCGGGCCCUCGUGACGGACCAGGCCAGCUGCCAGUGUGCCUUCCGCACCUCCAUGAGGCUCCCCUGCCGGCACGUCCUGGCUCUCCGGCGGCGGCUGGGCUCCGACCUCUUCGAGCCCUCGCUCUGCGCCGGGCGCUGGACGCAGGAGCACUUCCUCGGCGGUCAGUUCCCGUCCACGUCACUGAGGGAGCGGGACAAGGUGCAGCAGGAGCGAUACCGCCAGGCCUUCAAGUGACUGGUGCAACACAGCAAGAAUCAUCGUCUCCAGCCACCGAGGCAAGUUGAAGACGUGCGUAACAACUGAUUUCAGAUCUGAGUGACUGAUGCUCACAGUCACAAUGAUUCACCGACAUCCCAGUAAUCAGGAUCUAAGUUGCUUUCUCUUCAUACCCACUUGUGUGUUACGCUUGUGUGUCUUGAGUGUGUGUUUGUGUGUGCAGAUGCACCUAAUGAACACUGCCAUACAUAGAUCACCAUUGAUAAUAAACUGUCGCUCGGCUCUGUGUGUGUUACGUGUUUGUGUAUGUUGCAUGUGCACGUGUGUGUAUGGAUGCAUCCAACAUAGGUGUGUGCCGUGUGUGUACACAGUCAGCCUUGUGUGCGUUAUGUCUGUGUGUACACAUAUGUACGUGUGCGAGUGUGACCAUGUGUGUAGAUGCAUCCUAUGAACAUUACCAUACACUGAUCACCAUUGAUAGUGAACUGUCGGUCUGCCCUGUGUGCGUUACGCGGGUUUAUGUAUAGAUGCAUCCAAUGAAGAUUGUUAGACACCAAUCGCCAUUGAUAGUGAACAGUCGGUCGGCCUCUGAUUGAGCUUUGAAGCUGAAUUAAUUUGCAGACUGUCGCGGUCAAUGAAUUUCAACACUUUAUCCUGGAAGUGAUUUUAAUGGUGUUCUUCAACUGGACUUGGAUCGGGUUCUGACAUUCCAGGGAUCAUGACAUCCAUUCAGUGGGAAAUUUAAGCAGCGAACAGGAGCCAGGAUUGGAUAACUGAACACAGCUCUGGCUUCUCUGCGGGAGCACUGACUGAGAUCGGCUGAUUCCUUGCAGGCUGGGAACAAGACCUAUGUGUUCCCUUGUCAGUCUAUGUACAACCUCUUGUCUUCCCUUAGGCUACUGCGGAGACACAGAGACCUGGAAAUGUCAAGGAAACACAUAGGAAAUGUUGGAAAUACACAGUGACUGAAAGAUUUCUGUCAAGAGAAAAGGUGCUGGCACUUAACAUGCGUUUUAUACUUUCGUCAACUUGCAGCAGAUUUGUUUUGAUUGGGAUCAACAUUUUCUAAAGUUUACUAUAAAAAUCAGGUCUAGUUGGAGGUUGGGUCAUUUCUCAGUCAUGUGAUGGAGCUUUCAAUCCUGUCCCUCUAUCCACAACUUGAGCCUAUAUUCGUAACCGUGAAGAAUGAAAGUACUGCAGCAACUCAGCCUGUGUGGAGGGAAUGGAAUGGAUAGGAAGCGUUUUGGGUUUGUUCCCGACCCAAAACAUCAUCUGUCCAAUCCUGCCGCACAUGUAGGAUAACCCGCUGAGUUCCUCCAGCACUUUGUUUUUAGCUUAAGAUUCCAUCACCUGCUGUUUCGAAUAUUCUAGAAGCAGAAAUAGGCUCUCACCCCCAUUUUCCUGCCUUCUCCCCAUAGCACAUGGCACCCGAACUAAUCAAGAAUCUGUCAAUGUCCUCACUGAUAGCCUCCACAGACGUCUGUGGCAAUGAAUUCCACAGAAUCAACACCCUCUGUCUAAAGAAAUUCCUCAUCAGGUUGUUUCCUCCUCCUCCUUUUAUUCUGAGGUCAUGGCCCCUGGUCCAAGGCUCUUCCACUAGUGUAAACAACCUCUCCACAUCCACUCUAUCCAUGCCUUUCACAAUUCAAACUAUUCAACACAGUUUAUUGUGUCUUCUUUGUAACCAUCACUCAGUGCCACAGUUAGACUACAUACAAUGAAAAUUACAAGGACAUGACUGCACUCAGAAUGCCCUCACUCUAUCUGCCGUUCCUGGAACCAUUGGAGCAUCUCUGGGCUUUUCAGGUUGUUUAAUUAUUUGGUGUCUCGUUCUCUGUCCUAACUGUGUUCCUUAUCUCGGUUGGUGAAAUGGUUGGACUUGUGUUCCCGUAUUAGAUCAGCAUUCGCAUGUAAAUAUUUGGGUCGCGCCUGAGAUUUGAUCAGAGUUUGUACUUAGAUUUAAAAUUUAGAUGUAAGUUUUAUAUAGCUUUCUUCAAUCCCUAUGCCGUUUGCCCUUACAGCUGAGAAAGUCAUUGUUGCUGUCAGUUUGCAUGAAGUGUGUAACAAUAUGGUCAAUAAUGAUGAGCGAUGGUCAGUAUUUAAUUGUUAUUUGCAAUAGUAGUGGAACAAGCUUGCUGCAGCUUUGCAGGCAUAUUAAAAGCAAGAACACAUCAGAUAAAA